UAAAGGUGUUGACAUGUGCUGACUGACUGUCAGGAACCAGGAAAACAUACGGAAUGUGGUUAUCUCAGAACAUGCUGCUACGGUUCAGACUGAGUACAAAAGAACUGAAAAAUGGAUAUUUUUUCGUAGGACGCUGAAGACCUGGUGAUAAGUUUCCUUCGCGGUUUCCUCAAGUGUUGUGAGAGACGAUUUUAAUGCUUUUAAUGGUACCAUCACGAAGCGUGUUGCCAAGUAGUAGCGUGCUAUUUUACAAUUAAUCAUGGCUUUGUUGGGUAUGCCAAAUGGUACUCCCUUAGGCAGCAUGAUCACGGAAACCGAGCAGAUAAUUAGUCAGCUUGAACGAGGAACGGUGGUAACAAAGUUUUUCCAGCGCAAGCGACCAGAAAGGAAAACACUAAUGCUUCGACGGGAAACUCGGCAAUUAGUCUGGGCCCGUACAACAAAUAUAAGGACAUUUGAAGUAGCUGUGGACUUGAGGGAAGUAAAAGAGGUUCGCAUAGGAAAAAACUCAAAGGAUUUUGAAAAAUGGCCAGAGGAAGCAAAGCGAAUGGAGAAUUUAAAAUGUUUUGUUAUAUAUUAUGGCUUAGAAUUCAGACUGAAAACACUAUCAAUAGCAGCUUUUUCAGAAUCGGAGUGCACUUUGUGGAUAAGAGGCCUUGACUACUUGGUUAACGAUACAAUAAGAUCACCCUACCCACUCCAGGUUGAGAGAUGGCUCCGUAAAGAAUUCUAUAAAAUGGAAAGUGGUAGAGAAACUGUCACACUGAAAGACCUGAAGGCAUUCCUUCCUCGUGUCAACUGCAAAAUUCCAACAAAUAAACUUCGUGAUGUCUUUCAGGAAGUCGAUACAAGGAAACGAAUGGAACUAGGAUUUGAUGAUUUUGCUACUCUUUACCAAAAGCUUAUGUUUGAUAACAAUAUGUAUAGUGAAAGUUUUAGUAAGUUAUUCUCUGAUUACUCUGAAAAUGGUAAAACAGUAACAUUGCAAGAAUUUCAAAGUUUUCUUAGUCAAGAGCAGAGAGACCCAAUGGGAGAUGAUGAAAGAGAAGUUUCUUCCUUUAUGAGAAAUUAUUUGCAAGAUUCACAGCGAAAUGUCCAGGAGCCAUACUUCACAAUCUUUGAGUUUAUGGAUUUUCUUUUCUCGAAGCAAAAUGAAAUUUGGGAUGAACGAUACGAUAAAGUCUACCAAGACAUGACGAAACCGUUGUCACACUAUUGGAUUGCCUCAUCACACAAUACAUAUUUAACAGGUGACCAAUUCUCAAGUGAAUCAUCCACUGAAGCUUAUGUUCGCUGUUUACGAAUGGGUUGCCGAUGCAUAGAACUAGACUGCUGGGAUGGUCCUGAUGGUAUGCCAUUCAUCUACCAUGGGCAUACUUUAACGACAAGGAUAAAAUUUCUGGAUGUUGUUAAAACUAUCAAGGAACAUGCAUUUGUUACAUCAGAAUACCCACUAAUAUUGUCCAUAGAGGACAACUGCUCUGUACCACAGCAGCGCAAGAUGGCAAAAGUAAUGAUGGAAGUGUUUGGGGAAAUGCUACUCGUGCAACUUUAUGAGAAGAAUGAAAAUCAGCUGCCAUCACCACACCAGCUACGGCGUAAAAUUAUAAUUAAGCACAAAAAACUCCCAGAUGGUGUUGACGAGGAUGCUUUUAUGAGCAAAAAUGAUGAUGCAAGGGACGUGGAUCUCAGAAACACAGUUAAAAAUGGCAUCUUGUAUCUUGAAGACCCUGUGGACAAGGAAUGGAAUAAACACUUCUUUGUAUUAACAAAAAAUAAAUUAUUUUACACCGACUCCUUUCAUGAUGAGCAAGAAGGCGAAGGAGAGGAAGAAGAGGAAGAGAGUGGUUUUCAUAGACCUAAGGAGGGCAUUCCAAAUGAUGACCUGCACUUCAGUGAAAAAUGGUUCCAUGGAAAACUGGCGAGUGGCAGAACAGAAGCAGAGACGUUACUAAAAGAUUACAGUCAUUUGGGAGAUGGAACUUUCUUAGUUCGGGAGAGUGAAACCUUUGUUGGUGACUACUCUCUCUCUUUCUGGCGGCAGGGAAAAGUCAAUCAUUGUCACAUUAGGUCAAAGCAGGAAAAUAAUCAAACAAAGUACUACCUCAUUGACACAAAUUGUUUUGAUAGCCUGUACAGCCUGAUCACUCAUUAUCAAUCACAUCCACUUCGUAGUCAGGAAUUCCUCAUCAAGCUGCAGAAACCUGUUCCUCAACCAAAUAAACAUGAAGGAAAGGAAUGGUAUUAUCCUCAGGCAACAAAACUAAAAGCUGAAGAACUACUGAAAAGGGUUCCCGCCGAUGGAGCAUUUCUCGUGAGACCAAGUGAAUCUGAUACUGAUGCAUAUGCUAUAUCAUUCAGGGCUGAGAAAAAGAUAAAACACUGUAGAAUAAAACUGGAAGGACGGCUGUACACAAUUGGAACAUUUCAGUUUGAAAGCCUAGUUGAGCUUGUGAGCUAUUACGAGAGACAUCCCCUCUACCACAGAACAAAGCUGCGAUAUCCAGUCACAGAGGAAUCUAUCAGCAGAAUGGCUCAUAAUCCUGAUGACUGCUCUGUGUAUGGUACACCAGGAUAUAUGGAUCCCAGCAGCUUCACAUCAAGGAUAACCGUCAAGGCACUAUACGAUUACCAGGCACGUAACGAUGACGAAUUAUCUUUCUGCAAGCAUGCUGUAAUAACAAAUGUUAACAAACAAGGAAACAGUGGCUGGUGGCGUGGAGACUAUGGAGGAAAGAAACAACACUGGUUUCCUUCAAACUAUGUGGAAGAAUGGGAUUCUCAAGAGAACAGAGAUGAUAAUUCUUCAGAUUCACUACUCCUUGGCAGUCUUCAGAAGGGCAGCCUUGAUGUGAUGGGUGCUAUUGUUGAAGUACAUCGAAAUGACCGCCCAGGACUGGAGUGGGUACUACGUAUACAAAAUCCAAACAUGUGCUCAGUAUUUGAAGUAGCUGUACCUAGGAUAGAACUUGCUGUUGAAUGGAGGAAUGCCAUUAAGGAAGUGGCACAAAAUGCCAGUGUACGGGAAAAUCAACAUAAGGAAAUGGAGAAGCAACUAAGAAUAGCCAAAGAAAUGUCUGACUUGAUAGUUUAUUGUCGAUCUGUAGCGUUUAACAUGGAAAAAUUCAGGAGAGGCUUCAAUCAUUGUGAAAUGUCAUCAUUUCCUGAAACUAAAGCUGAAAAACUGAUAUGUCAGCAAGAGACAAAAUUCUUCUUGAAAUAUCAUCAGCACCAGUUCAGUAGAAUUUAUCCAAAAGCAAUUGAUUCCUCCAACUACAUCCCUGUUCCAAUGUGGAAUGCUGGUAGUCAGAUGGUAGCUCUUAACUAUCAGACACCAGAUAAAGCAAUGCAGCUGAAUCAAGGAAAAUUUCGUCAGAAUGGGUUCUGUGGAUAUUUACUACGGCCUGAUUUCAUGUUCCUUGAAGACUUUGACCCAUAUGAUAAGAAAACUUUAGUUGGAGUAGAUCCACUGAAUAUUUCUGUACGUGUAAUUUGUGCACGCCAUCUCAGCAAAUGGGGCAAAGGAAGGGCAAGAGGGACUGUUAGUCCUUUUGUUGAAAUUGAAGUGAUUGGUGCGGACUUUGAUAACAAAAGCAGGAACACUCAACCAGUUUCUGACAAUGGUUUUAACCCAGUUUGGAAUGAAACAUUUGACUUUGAGGUUUCCAAUCCUCAUUUUGCCCUGCUGAGGUUUGUUGUCCAGGAUGAAGACAUGUUUGGAGACUCAAAUUUCAUUGGACAAGCAACCUACCCAGUGCUCUGCCUCCGAACAGGAUACAGAAGUGUUCCACUGAAAAAUGGCUAUAGUGAAGAUCUUGAGCUAGCAUCAUUGCUAGUUCAUAUCAGUAUAACAAAUCCAAUGGAAAGCAGGGAAGUGCUUCCAAGUACUGCCUUUUCUUGUGUAACUGCCGGAGGAGACAGUGAAGACUGAAAUGCCAAGUUGAUGUGGAUUUUCUACAAUGAGAAGGUGAACAAAGGUGACUUUCUACAACUUGAGUGUGAAAUACUUGAUUUGAAAACCAAUGCGCAUUUAAUGAACAAAAGGAUUGUUCAUAACUGAACUCUUAUGAUGUUGAAUAUUUGCAGAUCUACUCUUUGUUAACUUUGGUAUUCAUUUUUGUCAUUGUUGUAUGUCAGUAUUGCACCUACUUGUAGGUCUGCUUUUUAAGAAAUGUAAUACCAUACACAAAAAUUCGGGCAACUGUAUGCAGAAGUUUGCUGUUUUAGAAAAAGGUAGUAGUUGUGGCCUUAUUGAUGGUUCAGUGUAUAGGUGUAUUUGCUCAUGUAUUUAUGAAUGAUACAGUUUACAACAUUCUUCCAAAGUUUUUUCACAAACAACCUGCUGAAAAGGUGUUUCAUUGUAUCUGUACCUGACUAGUUUGUUUUAUAUGAUACGGAAUAUGGAAGAUUCUGUUACAAAAAGGAUGAUACUAGAUGCCACUAAGGUUCAAUGGAGAGCCUUCUUUUUAAUAAUAAAGGUAUGUGCUUGUUUAAUAUUUUUCAAAUGCAGGAUAUGUUUUUAUCUUUAUUGUACAGUAAUGUGUGCUUGUGUGCAAAAUGUAACUGGUUCCUUAAGCUUUUAGAAGAGCCACAUGUCAAUAGUUAGUUUUAAACAAUAUGUGUCUGUAUCAUACACGCAACAGUAUUUUUGUCAGGCCAAUAACUUAUAAUAAAUUGCAUUCACUAAUGAGUGGCUUAAUUUUUAAAUGAUCUGAUUAUUAUAGUAAAGGAAUAAACAUAGAGGGAAAACCCUAGAGGAAGAAGAAUAUGACAGUUAUGCUAUAUGCUGUUUAAAAAAUGCAUGAUCUAGUGGUUGAAGCACUAAAGUGUUUGUGUGCACAAGAUGUGCCAAGUAAUGAUACAAACUGUAAGGUGAUUAUUGGUGUCAAAGAAGGCAGGGGAAUAACAUGUUCAUGGAAAUAUUAACUGAUAAAGUGCUUUAGGUCUCAUAUUCAUGGUCUAGCUUGUUAGAUGAGAAUCUCUUCCUGAUUCAUAAUAUGUAUUUUAUUAUGAUGAAGUUAGUAACAAUGUUUCUCCUCAUGCUGUUUUUUAUUUCUAAGUGUGCAUUUGCCAUACUUAAUGUAUGCAGUUAUUAUUUGAUCAUAUUUUAUUCUGUAAUAGUUGAUGCCAUUUUUCCUAAGAAAAAGUGCUUAAUUGAAAUAUUAUGUGUUUCUCUUCAUGCAUUACAUGAUAAGACUUGUUUUCUGUUAGUGAGAUGUGCUUGAAUUCUCUCUCUCUCUCUCUCUCUCUCUCUCUCUCUCUCUCUCUGUGUGUGUGUGUGUGUGUGUGUGUGUG